CCGAGCCGAGCCUCCAGCUGCAUGAUUGCACACAGAGAGAGAGAUUUAAUGAUCUGUACUGUUUUGUUAAAACAAUUUUUUUUUAAAGAGUAUUGCACCUUCAAGAUCUUCGAUCUUUCUUGCUGUAGAGUCCGCUGACCUUAUAUCGCAAUGACUUGGAUGUGAAGGUGUAUUAAAGAGACAGCUAUGGAGACCAAAGGAUAUAUUGACUACCCAGAAAUAAUGAAUAUUGGAAGACAGUGGCCUCUAAACAAACUUGCGUUGAGUGCUGCCGACAAUGAAAUUGGUAGCUGUGACAGCAAUGAAAUGACUAUUGUUAAUGUUAGUUGCAUACCACCUGUUUCAAAGAGUGAUAAUGGAGAGAGGAGGCAGGAGGUCUCUCCCAUCCUUCAUCAUCAACCACCUUAUCAAAUACAACAUCAGUAUCAGCACCCUGGUUUUCUUGCUUCAGAUCCAAAGUGUCAUCUCGGAUCUGCUAAAGAACUCUCAAAAACUGUUGCAGAGUCUAUGGGUUUGUAUAUGGAUUCUGUAAAAGAUGUGGAGAGCGAGUUUACCUACAGCCUGCAGACUGAACAAAUGGAGGGGAGGUCCAGCAAUAUUGCUGAAAAUGGUGAACAAGAAUUGAACCUUCAAGAGGAAAAGGUGAAAGCUAUCUUGUCACAGAGAGGGAUGAGACGAUGUUCUACAUCCUCUAGUCCUGGAAGAAAUAGUCGAGGUUCAUGCAUCUCCAGUCCUAUAAACUAUAAUAAUUUAUGCUCUUCAGUAUCAAGUCCUAACAAUAUGAACUCUUGUGUUCCUAGUCCUGCUAAAAUAAAUUACUUAGCUCUAUCUAGUCCGGACACUGUUAGCAAUUUGGGAUCUUCCAUCUCUAGCCCUGAUAACAUCAAUCAUUUGAAUAAUUCUGUCACUAGCCCAAAUGACAUUCAUUGCGCUGUCUCAGGUUCUGCCAAGAUAAGUAGCCGAACCAUGUCUAGCCCUAGUAAUAUGAAUAGUUUGUGCUCUUCCAUCAGCAGCCCUGUCCAUGUCAGUAACCUGUGUUCUUCAGUCUCCAGUCCUAAUAACAUGAAUUCGCCUCUUUCCACUCCUACUAAUCUCGCUUCCCCUCAUUCUGCCUCCACUAGUAAUACCCUUUUGUCCAGCCCUAAUAAUAACAGUGUGCCCUCUUCUGUCUCCAGCACUGCUGUAAAUAAUAUGCACUUUCCCAACUGCAGUCCCGCUACUGGGUCAAGAAUGAUCAUUAAUCUGAAUCAGAACCCAGCAGGAAGAAAUCAGAUUCAUGAGGAAAUUAAUGUAUUUAAAGAAGAGAAAACAAAAACUGAUUGUUUAAAGACAAGUUCAAUUAACAUUGGCAAUCCUGUUCAGUUUAUAAAAACAGAAGUAGACAGUGAUUUUAGCGAUUCAUGUUUCCUAAGUAGAGGUAGUUCAGACCUAUGUAAUUCAACGUUCUCAAUGCCUUUAAAAUGUGAGAUGAAUGAAACUGCCUGUCUGAACACAGGGUAUACUGGCCAAGUUUCAGAAAAUCCAUUUUCAGAAAUUGCACAUCAGUUGAUUGAUCUCAAGACAACUUAUGGAGAUGUGUUUGACCUUUAUGGGAGUUUAGGGGCUCUUGCAUCUUCCUCCAGUUCUAGUUAUGGACAUGAUGCCUUUUCACAACCAAACACAACAGUGAUCAAACAGGAGCCAAGUGACGAGGGCUACUGCCAAGCCACCUGUUCACCCCCAUCUACCAUUGUAGGUGUUAAUUCAACUGGACAAUCGUUUCAUUACAGAAUUGGAGCCAGUGGCACAAUUUCAAUGCCCUGCCCCUUUAUGAGGGAUGCGAGACCUCAGCUUUUAAAUUUAAUUACUCCUGUGUGCACUGUACUUGGAUCCUGGAAAUCACACUCUGUCAUGCCACAGAACUCCAUACCUGCUGGAAAAAAUGACGGCUAUUCACUGCAAGGAUACGUUCCUGAGAAAAUGUCACGCUCCCCGAUGAGACUGGAUCGGAGCUGUUCAUCAGUGACCACAACACCUUCAAAGGUGUGUUUGGUUUGUGCAGAUGAGGCAUCGGGAUGUCAUUACGGUGUCCUUACCUGCGGCAGUUGCAAAGUUUUCUUCAAAAGAGCUGUGGAAGGGCAACAAAACUACUUGUGUGCAGGAAGAAACGAUUGCAUUAUUGACAAAAUCCGGAGAAAAAACUGCCCCGCGUGCCGAUUGCGAAAGUGUUUGCAUGCAGGAAUGAACUUGGGAGCACGGAAGUCUAAGAAACUGGGAAAGGUGAAAGGGCUGCAUGAAGAGCAGCAACCUCCGCACAGCCCUAAAGAAGGGAUCAUGUUCACUGCUGCUUUGCCAGAACCAAGUGGUAGCACCACCCUUGUUCCCCAUUUCUCACUGAUGCCACCCCAUGUGAGCCCAUCGCUGAUCACCCUUCUCGAAGCCAUUGAACCCGAGGUCGUUUAUGCAUCUUACGACAGCAGUCAAGCAGACACAACCAAUUACCUGUUGUCCAGUUUGAACAGGUUGGCUGAGAAACAGAUGGUUCGAAUCGUGAAGUGGGCAAAAGGUCUUCCAGGAUUCCGUACAAUGGCACUUGACGACCAAAUGACUCUGCUCCGGUACUCGUGGAUGUGUUUAAUGACGUUCAGCCUUAGUUGGAGAUCGUACAAACACACCAAUGGCACAAUGCUGUACUUUGCACCAGACUUGGUAUUCAAUGAGCAGCGGAUGCAGCGGUCAGCGAUGUAUGAGCUGUGUCAAGGGAUGCAGAGCAUCAGCAUUGAAUUUGUACGUUUACAGUUAACUCAAGAGGAGUUCCUGUGCAUGAAAGUCCUUCUCCUGCUUGGCACAGUUCCAAAAGACGGCCUGCAAAGUCAAGCUUCAUUUGACGAGAUGCGGAUGAAUUAUAUCAAGGAGCUGAGACGAGUUAUAGCAAGAAAUGAAAAUAACACCGGACAAAACUGGCAACGGUUUUAUCAGUUAACCAAGGUCCUAGACUGUAUGCAUGAGCUGGUUGGCGGGCUGCUCCAGUUCUGCUUCUACACGUUUGUGGAAUCAAAAGCAUUAAAGAUUGAAUUCCCAGAUAUGCUGGUGGAAAUCAUCAAUGAUCAGUUGCCGGAAGUCACAACAGGAAUGACCAAAUCCCUUCUUUUUCACAAGAAGUGAUCCUCAAAGAUGAACUUUGCCUUAAACUUUCCUCCUCAUGUUUUGCUGGCUUUAAAAAUUAUUUUAGCAGGCUUGGUGUCCUGUAUGUUGCUAUACACUAAAGAAAAGCUUCAUGAAGGUUUUGGAAGGACAAAAAUACAGAUAUGUAUCAGAGAUGAAAAGGGAUAUAUUCUAAGGUCAAAAGGAAUUUGGAGAAAAGUAUUUUUUGAAAGAAAUAUAUUUUGGCAGGAAAAAUUGUAAUACAGUCUCUUUUUUAAAGGUAAAAAUUUUGUAAAGUGCAAUGUUUCUGCAUGCAUAAAGAUCUGACGUUUACAGUGUAUUUAAGAAAGGGAAAGUUGUGCCUUUUUAAUAUCAUAUCUAAUUUAACCAUUUUACAGCACUUGCUGUAAAUAAACCACAGAUUUACUAGCCGAAAUAUAUUAAAUAUUUCUUCUAUUUUGUAAUUAAUUUACCGUUAACUAAUUAUUUUCUUCUUUGUCAAUGGUGACUUUUGCUUUGUAACAAUAUUGUUUUUUUGCUGCACCGUUAAGAAGCUUACCAGGUUCCAACUUUGUUGUUUUGUGCAGUAGCAAUAGGGAACCAAGUACUGGAUGAAAUGGCAACACAAUUCAUAUGCCUCACUUUUCUUAUAACUUUCCAGACACAUAUAUUGAGUAGCAGGGCCCUGAGAAUCAUGUCCUUUCCAACCUUUUUAGAAGUCUAAUAAUUUUUCUGUGCUUUGCUACAGAUGUUCUGUAUAUUAUGCCGUUGGAGUCCUGAUGUAGCACUUUUGGUCAUUCAUACACUGUACUUAUCCAAAUGAUAUGCAGAAUUAUAAAAUAGUUCUAAAUAAGUUGAUUUAUAUUUCCUUGGAAGCACUUAAGCAUCUACAUUUGUGUCAGCAAAGAAUAUUAAAAAAAUGAUGAUUAAGUUA